AUGUCUAUAAUAGAGUCCGAAGUAUUGAUCGUUGGUGCUGGGGUUUUUGGAGUCAGCACAGCCUACUAUCUGGCUAAGCAGUCUUCCAACCCAUCGAGCAUCACGAUUCUCGAUCGGGAUCGUCCGCCAUCAACACCUGCUGCGUCUACAGACUACAACAAAAUUAUCCGGGCAGACUAUUCAGACCCGCUAUACAUGGACCUAGCAUUCGAGGCAAUUGAUGCCUGGAAAAAGAAUUCCCUGUUCACCACUGCCGGCGUCUACCACGAGACGGGUUGGAUUUCGAUGGGUGAGCGGGACAGCGAUCUCACGUCACAAAUCCGCGACAAUUUUCAAAUGAGUGGGCGCCCUGACCCGACUAAAGAUAUGACAGAGAAUGAAGUUCGCAGCAGCUGGGGCGGAAUCUUGAAAGACGCAGAUUUGAGGCCAUUCGAUUCUUACUACUAUAACCCGUCAGCUGGGUGGGCCGAAGCCGGAGCAGCCCUCAAAAUCAUGGCCGACGAGGCCAUUCGCAUGGGCGUUCAAUAUAAGAUUGAUGAGGCCAAUCGCCUUAUGUUAGAUCAACACGGAGUCAGAGGAGUUCAAACUAAUAAUGGCAAAAUUUACACAGCUAAGAAGAUCAUCCUAGCUACAGGAGCUUGGACCAGCGAAAUGAUGACUUUGACCGAGGACCAACUGCGCAUGCCAAUGGAAUCCAGAAUAGAGAGUCAACUCACCGCGGCCGGCGUUUGCGUAGUGCAUUACAAAUUGACAGAUGCAGAGCGGGGGUCUUACGACCAGCUUCCGGUAUGUGUGUAUGGAGAACAGGGCGAAACAUUGCCCCCAACGGCAUCAGGACUUAUAAAAUUCACCAAUACGGCCUCAUUCAAGAACACCGUUCAUACCGAUAAUGGACAAAACAUCUCCAUUCCUCCAAUCCACCAGCGGGCCAUUCCGUAUGGCCUCCGUCGGCAAACUGUCGACUCAAUAAAGGACCGAUUACCUACACUAUUCUCAAAACAUCGCGAAGUCGACCACUUUCGUCUGUGUUGGGAUGCGAUCACGCCCUCGCAAAACCCAUUAAUCACACGGCAUCCGCACCCUCAUUUGUCCAACCUGUAUCUCGCUACCGGAGGCUCGUUCCACUGCUGGAAAUUCUUGCCCAUCAUUGGACGCUACGUGACGAAUGUCAUCUAUGGGAUAAGUAACGGGGCCGACCGCGAUAAGGCGUGGGGGUGGAAGGAUGAACAGCCCGGUCAAGGAGUCCGAGGAGUCCACGGCAGUCUGAUGCCGUGGAAAGAACUCCGUGAUUUCCAGAUCUGA